GCCCUCCUGCCCUCAGUUCCCCCCGCGCGCAGCCGAGACACCUCAAGAGGGGUCUUCCGCCGGCAGUCUCGCCCCCGCUCCCAUCUCCCGGGGCGCCGCGCGCGGACGCCUCGCCCCGCCCACAAUGUCGGCCCUCCGCGCCUCGCUGCUGCUGCUCGGCGUGGCGCCCGCUGCCGCGGCCGCGCGCGGCACCGCGGACAGACAGGGCUUCCUGUCCGCCCGCGAGGGCAUGCGCCCCGAGGUCGUCGCGCUGUCGCUGGGCAAGGUCGAGGACGAGUGGAAGAGCCAGUACCACCUCUACGUGGAGUGCAACCAGACCGCGAGCACGGAGGC